AUGGUAGGCUACACCCCAAUCUUGACUGUGUUUGCCAUAUGCUGUGACAUGUUCCUAACCAGCACAGUGUAUUUCUCCAUCUACUGUGCAGCCACGAGGAACAGACCCAGGGUGUUGUCCAGAGCCAUCCUGCCAGGUUUUUUGUCAGGUCUGAUGUUGAAAUUGGCCACCUACUGCUGGUUUCUGACUAACCACUACCUUAGUCCCGUGGUCACCUUUCCCAUCGUCUCUGCAGAUUAUGGUCUAAUCACAGCUCUGUACGGAAGUCUGGUUUUCAAAGACGUCAAAGGCCUGGUAAACUGCUUCAUCUUCAUAGUAGCCUCCUGUGUUGUCCUGACUGGAUCACUGCUGACGGCCUUCUCCAAGGUGUAG